AUGAGUUGGUUAUUUUGGUAUUGUAUUAUUUCUCAUUGUAUUUUUACCUUAAUUCUUUACAAACUGACAGAAAACGUGAAUAAUCCUGCAGUGAAAUUACGCAAAGAUACUAACAGAGAUUGUCUGGAGAGAAAGGACCAUUCAAUUCCACAAAACAGACUAAAUACUUUGGUGCAAGAGUCCAGCCUAUGGUGUGAUGGUGUGGAGAGAAGUGAACGUCUAUGUAAAUUUAGGAAUUUAUAUUACUCACCAUGGCUUAGAGAGUUUAUCUUUUUCCACGGAGAGUCCAGUGUUGUCCAAGGAGUGCCCGACAAGCGCUGUUCACCAGCAUUGCUGGACCUAUCCUCCAUUAAUGACCAUAACUUACAGUACUUUAAUUUCCAAGAUGCACCUGUCUCUGCUUUGAAAUAUUUCUCAGAAAUUGUUCAUAUUGACCACCCAAGCUUACUAUUUCAUAGAUUUAACCCAGAGAACAUAAUGCAUGUAAUUCAUGACGAUUUGUUACCACUUUUCUACACUUUACGACAGUAUUUCCAAGAUUUCAAACAACAAAAUAAACCAUUUAACAUGGAAGUUCAAAUUAUAUUCAUGGAAGGGAGAGAGGAGGGGCCUUAUUUUGAGCUAUAUAAAUUAUUCUCCAAUAGAAAACCAAUCCUGUUAACAUAUCUUCUAUCAAAGAGUAACAAAUCGUUAGUCUGUUUUCGCGAUGUUAUGGUUGGCAUAUCAAAAUCGACAACAUGGUACGACUAUGGUUUCCAUAUUCCACAAGGACCAAUACCUAACCAUAGGCCAGAUGGCAGCAUUAUACAACAGUUCACAGAAUAUGUUACCAAUAAACUAGGGACAACCAGCAAAAGCAAAGAUUCCAACUAUGUUAUUCUAUUCUCUCGUGAAUCAAACCGUCUCAUACUAAAUGAGCUACAACUUACAUUUUCCAUUGCAACGACUUUUAAUCUUCGAGUUGUUAGGCUUAGUUUAGAAACUAACAGACUUGGUGAAAUUAUCAAACAAAUCCAAGGUUCUGUGGGAAUCAUUGGCAUGCAUGGAUCAAUAUUAGUUUUAUCAAUGUUUCUUAGCCCUGGUGGUUUUGUUAUUGAGUUAUUUCCAUACGCCAUCAACCCUCAGAAUUAUACACCAUACAAAACUCUUGCUGAAAUAAUGGAUAUAACUUACACAUCUUGGCAGAAUAAUAUCAAGAACAACACUGUAGUGUAUCCCAAUAGGACAAAAUCCGAAGGUGGAAUCAUGUAUUUGGAUAGUGAAAUGCAAACAACUAUUUUAAACACAAAUGAAGUGCCGAGACAUUUAUGCUGCAAUAACCCCUACUGGUUAUUUAGAAUCUACCAAGACACAAUUGUCGAUAUUCCUACUUUCAUGGAAGUUAUGAAAAAUGCUUUAAAUGGAAGCAAACAGGCACAAAAAAGGGACUAUGUUAAAAAGUAUCCUGGAAAAAUAACAAAUGUAUUGUGCAAAAGCCUGGAAUCUGAAACUGGAGUGGGUAUAUUUGUUUCUUGGAAUAUUUCAUGGAACAUGCAGUUUUAUGACCAAUCCAAAGUUAGUAGUGAAGUUUGGAUUCAGGAUGUAUUAGAUGAGAACUACAUGGCAUAUUCAUUGCAAGGCAUCACACAACAUACAUUUGACGAGAAGAUAAAGUAUGAUACUUCAUAUAGUGUCUGGGUAAGAGGGGUUAUAAAUGGCAAUACUGGACCAUUUUCUCAUGUCUGUACUUGCUCAACAUAA